CUAUCUGUCUCCAUGCUGGCUCACACAAAAAAAAGUGUCAAGGAAAGUAAACUUGGAUUUUGGCGUCACUCCUUUCAAAAUUCAUUGAGAGCAUACAUAAUUGACAUAUUAACUUGAAUUGUUGCUUCUCGUUGUGUUGUUGUCCCCCGGUGGCUAGCUAACAAAACAAAUGCCCUUUCCUAAAUUAGCCAUGGUUGGAGAUAGUGAUUUGGACUUGUGGUUUUAUUUAUCCUCCGUAAUGGCCAAUGAUCAUGGCGAUUCUGAUCCAACCAUUAAUCCAUACAUUGCUGUGCCUCUUGCCUGAGGAUGGAAGUCCAAUAUGUAGCUACAGUAACGUUAGAUGUAGAAGGCUAAUGUUUUAACUCGCUAAUGUUGCAUCGAAUUGAAGUUAGGCUAGCGAACAAGCAUUUUAGCCAGGUAGCCUAGGAAAACAAACAAAUAAAAAGCGUGGACUGCUGUAUGACAGAGUGAUAAGACCGUGUCCUCAACAUGAAAGAGGAGGAUGGCAUUGGCGUUUCUCUACAAGUAGGGUGGAGCGCAGCAUAAGACCAACAUACGUCCGAAUAAUGUGCAGUCUGCUGACACUGGAUGACUGGAAACAGCAGAGAUGAAGGAGCUAUGGGUUAUGGUUGUCUUUGCUACAGUCUCUUUUCCACAGGGGAAUCUCACCAAAUCAUCUGCCAUUCCAACCACCAUUGACAUAACUACCUCAACUACUACUGCCCCUUUAACCCCUGACCCUCCAACUACUGACACUCCAAUUACUGGCUACCUAAAUACUACUGGUCUUCCAACUACUGGUUACCCUACCUCUAUCCCUGUUACCAGUAUCAGUCUCUCCUCUCCAACCACAACCCCUCUGGACUGUAUCAACGGUGGUGAGCUGCAGAGUGGAGUCUGUAUCUGUCCUGAUGAGUGGACUGGAGAGACCUGUUCAGAUGAGAAUUUCUGCAAUUCCACCAGCAAGGAUGGAUUCUCCUUCCCAAGAACAACGGUUGGCUGGUCUGCUUAUUCAGAAGAGUUGUGUGAUGAGAAGACAACCAGUACCGGUUUACCAGAAGCCUCAGCAAGAUGUUUGAAUGACACCGGCUCUCCAAUGUUUGGUCCUCCUCACAUUCUGCAGUGUGAAUUUACCCUCAGUGACAUUCAAGGAAAUAUCUCCAGCAGUUCAGGUGAUUUACUACAGUUGGCCUUCAGUACUCAGAUCCUGACCUCCCAACCAGAGCAGCUGUCAGCUGACAACAUCACCAUAGCAGCUCAGAUCGCUAACACACUGCUUCAGUCUGCAAAUAUCACAGAGGACAUCGCAGUGGCAGCUGUAACUACCAUCAGUCAGCUGCUCAAUGCCAGUGAGGAGAGUACACAGGAGAGAGACGCUGUCCAAAACCUCACAGAGACCCUGGAGAUGUUUUCCCUGGACCAGCACAAUAAUGUGUCCUUGGUGGUUCAGCCCAACCUGGCAGUCCAGUCUGUCCAAGUACCAAGUGACUCAGUGGGGAUCCAGUUUACUGCUCUGACUGGAAGUUCUGGCAAUUUUGUGGCAAACGGAAUAAAUCUCAACAUCAAUACCUCUGAACUGAUAGCUGACAAAGGAGGUUCUACCGAUGUCCAGAUUGUUAUCAAAUUCCCACCAGUUUUGCAUAGUAAAAACACAAACUACUCCAUUGGUUUUGUGCUCUACCAAAACGACCGGUUCUUCAGGUCCAGUGCUUUCAGUGCUUCUUCAGGGACCAGCAGAACGGUCAUCUCUGCUAACCUGGGACAUGUGUCUGGGUUACAUGUUGAGAUGCUCUUCAAGCCCACAACUGUCCCCAACGCCUCCCUCCAUGACUUUGCCUGUGUGUGGUGGAACUACACGUUGAAAGACUGGAGCACCUUUGGCUGCUCCAAAGUCAACCACUCAGAAGAUGGCCUGCGAUGUUUCUGUAAUCACACCACUAACUUUGCUGUGCUGAUGUCGUUCAGGAGGGAUUUUAAAUACGCUGAAGCGCUAAACUGGAUCACCAUAUUGGGAUGCUCCAUGUCCAUCAUAGGGUUGAGUUUAACAAUAACAUUCCAGAUCGCAACCAGGAAAUCACGCAAAACCAACCCAACAGUCCUCUUAGUGAGCGUCUGCGUGUGUCUCCUGAUCUUCACCCUGCUGUUCAUGUUGGGAGUGGACAACCCUCAUAAACAGCUGGACAAACCUGAAAUACUUGAGGACAACGUUCUCCCCCCGUCCGACACACACACGGCGCAGGACAGAGGGCCCUGUACUGCAGUGGCAGUCCUGCUGCAGUACUUCCUGUUGGGGACGUUCACCUGGAACACGCUGUACGCCACAAAUGUCUUCCUGAUGAUCAGAAGCAGCCUGGCCACCAGCCCGUCACACUUCACAGCCUAUACCAUGGCCAUCGGAUGGGGACUGCCUGCGGUUGUGGUGGCCCUCACCUUAGGAAUUAGUUACAGAGUGGAUGAUCCACUUGGUUACAGGCAGGAGGAAUUUUGCUGGCUUGCUGCCCUCGAUCCAAAGGGGAACUUUGACUUCAAGCUGCCAAUGUUUUGGGGGUUCCUGAUACCUGUGGCAUUCAUGCUUAUGUUCAACACAGUGAUGUUGGUAUAUUUUGCAGUUACAACGUGCAAGACCAACCCACAUUUAACUAGUACAAGACACACAUCGAUGAAGAAGAAGUUCCUCAGUAGCUUCUCUCUGGCUGUGGUGCUCGGUCUCUCCUGGAUCCUGGGCUAUCUGUUGCUCAUUCCACAGAACCAGACCAUGUACACCAUACUCAACAUCUCCUUCUGUGUUCUCACCACCACUCAGGGCUUGCAGAUUUUCAUUCUGUUCACAGCAAGAACAGCAAUUGUCAAGAAAAAGAUGUCAAGUACUUUGAAUUCUGUCUCUAGUGCUGGGAUCCCUCUUCACACUAGGAAGUUCAGUCUAUGGCGAGGCGAGCACAGUGAUAAAGUAGAAUCAUACACACAGCAGGGCACUGUGUUAUUUCCAACUUGUUCCUCACAGACAUCUAACUGAUGGGCUGCAAGUUCAAACCUAGUUUGUAAAACUUCUCCUCUUGUACUAUAAUAUACAAUAUACUGCACACAAUUUUGUAUCCACGUAGAGUAUAUUUACUGUGAAGACUAGUCCCUCAGAAGUUGUCCAAUGAUUUUUUUUUGAAUAAAAGUGUUCAAUAAUUAUGUGAUUGUCUUUUAAGCUAAUGUUUGUUUAAAUGUUCUUAUAGUGAGACAACACUAUUUUACACAAUCUCAGAAAAUAGCUUAAGACAGUGUAGCCCAGGGGUGUCAAACAAAUUUUCCCCUCGGCCACAUUUGGUCAUUAGCGAGGUCAGAUGGGACGCACUUAAUUGAUUAAGAAGCUUCUGCUCCAACUGCCUGUACAGCACAGGCUGCAGCUGACAAUUACAGUUAUGAUAGAAUGAGGAAGAAAACAGGCAUGUCAUAACCAUGAAAAAACAGUGCAUCUGGAUAUUCUGGGGCAGUUUGAGAGCGAGGGCACUCACCUGGCAAGACAUCUGCGUCAUGGAAGGGCAGCGGAUUAAGCUUCUGCAUUGUUUACAGAGCAAUGUUUUUUCCACAUCAACAAACCUUCACACGUGGGGAUUGGCAGUGUCAUGACAUGGACCUCUUUGGGUAUAGCGAGCACCAUCCCACUCUCUCUCUCUUACCACCUCUCUUUCUUCCCCCUACACCCAGGCUCUGUUAGGCAGGUUAUAACUUCCUAGAGGAGAUUCUCCUCAUGGCCAGAGUAUAGAGGGAGUGAGGUUCACAGGAGAACAAAGGAACCCCUUCCACAUUAAAGAGCUUGAGAACUGAACAAUGUCCAUGUUUUGGAGAAUGUGUACACGGUCUGGGAAGAAUCCAGCUACGAACUGGUCCAUUUUGUAUAAUUUUGUGAAACUCAUGAGAGACAAUGGAGCGACAUUCCCAUAACUCUGAUUAUACAAGAGUCUCCGUUGUAAGUCUUGCAUCUGAUUGUUGUAUAAAAUUAAUGAGGAAAGAUUAAACUAUUUGUGAAAUUAUGUAAUGUCAUUUUAAACUGUUUAAUGAAAGAGAAUCAAAUUCCCUUUUAAAGUUUAACUAAAUCAUUGGCCUGCACCAUGAGCACAGACAUUGAACUGGCACCAUGGGACAGCCCCUUUCUACUGUUACGAAUAUAACCCCCACCUGGAGGAAUUCCCUUCAGACCAGGUGACCACGAUUACCACGGGAGGGCUAGACCAGUACCCCAUCACAGAGGGAGCUAAGGUUUGAGUAGAUUGCUGAAUCUUUUAACCAUGGCAUGUGGUUAAACUCUGAGACUAUCCAUCCGAUACAAAUUACUAGUCUGCAGCUAGAAAUGAUGUACCCGUGAAUGCGAAGGCCGACAACCACCGAAACAUAUAUUCUAUAAAGUUUCUGAAUGGGACUCUGACCUGUCCAUUCUAACCACGGAAGAGAGAGAGUGAGGACAAACUCUCCAACAGAGAUCACAACGACACACUGAGCAUAAAUAUAUAGAUUGCAAUUAUUGAGUGAGCAUUCAUGUUCAAAGGAUUAGCAUUUCAAUUGUUAGAAUUAUCAACUGUGUCUUUUGAAUUUCACACUCUUCUUAGUCCCUUUGUCUACCAAACCGCCAUACCAGUUUAGCCCACUAGGGCACAGCCCCUAUUUUUUUUUUUUAACCUAGUCAGUUAAGAACAAAUUCUUGUUUUCAAUGACGGCCUAGGAACAAUGGGUUAACUGCCUGUUCAGGGGGGAGAACGACAGAUUUGUACCUUGUCAGCUCGGGGAUUUGAACUUGCAACCUUCCGGUUACUAGUCCAACGCUCUAACCACUAGGCUACCCUGCCGCCCCUAUAAUUUCCUUGUAACCACAUUUACUUUGUUUGUGUGUGCAUUUCUGUGAUUAUU